CGGAGUCUGCCAAUGACAGCUCGAGCUGGGAGAGAGAGCUCGUACUACGGAGCCAUACAACACACGGAGCUCCGUGCGCGCUGCUCUGCGUCCUGUUGGGAAGCUGCUGGCGAAUGGAGGGAAGUCUUCCCCUUUCCUGACCGGGAGAAACCGUACGCGCACAGGAAGGAGGACGCAAAGACCUGCGAGGACGUCGACCGAGAGAGCGGCUGGCUGUGAUCCUUGGUGUGACAUUAGACUCUGUGCGCCGCGCUGGUAAUUAAAGGAGCCCGGAUUAGCCCCCCUGCUUGCUGCUGCGCUCCGCUCCUCUCCCCUCCUGCAACGCCAGACGCGCUCACCUGGAAGGAAACUGCUCUCCGGUGUUUGCGCUCCUCGCACCAGGUCGAUCGCUCCCAACAAAUCAACUAAAUCAGACCAGCAGACUCCAAAAUCAGUACAGUUCAGGGGAAUAUCGUUGCUGCUGGCUGCAAACCGAGCCUCUCCUCUCCUGUCCUCUCCUGCUCCCGGCGGAGAACAAAGUGCUGCUAAAUCUGCUCCUCUUGGACUUGGGACCCGAACAGGGAGAUUCUGGAACUUGCGCUUGACAAGAGCGACACAGGCGACUCCGAGGAGAGCGCAUUCACCCUCACACCCCGGCGGCUGAAGGGAAACUUGGGGAAAAAGCUCCUGACAAAAUGCCUCUGGCACAAAUCGCAGAGCCAUGGCCCACAAUGGAGCUGGUGCAGCUGGAAACGGAGAACGGGCAGAGCACGACUGAGGACGGAGUCACGGCUGCGGUCAAGGAAGAUGGAGACAUCAAGGAGAUCAACAUCACCCAUGUGGUCAAAGAGGGCUCAGAGAAAGCUGACGCCUCUCAGUUUGAGCUGCUCAAGGUUUUGGGACAGGGAUCCUUCGGCAAGGUGUUCCUCGUGCGAAAGGUGACCCCUCCAGAUGCCAACCAGCUGUAUGCCAUGAAGGUCCUGAAGAAGGCCACUCUUAAAGUAAGAGACCGUGUGAGGACCAAGAUGGAGAGGGACAUCCUUGCAGAUGUCAAUCACCCAUUUGUUGUGAAGCUGCACUAUGCAUUCCAGACUGAAGGGAAGUUGUACUUGAUCUUGGACUUUCUCAGAGGAGGGGAUCUUUUCACUAGGCUUUCUAAAGAGGUGAUGUUCACAGAGGAGGACGUGAAGUUUUAUCUAGCAGAGCUUGCAUUGGGACUGGACCACCUCCACAGCUUAGGCAUCAUUUACAGAGACCUCAAACCUGAAAACAUUCUUCUGGAUGAGGAGGGACAUAUCAAACUCACAGACUUCGGCUUGUGCAAAGAAGCCAUCGAUCAUGAGAAGAAGGCCUAUUCCUUCUGUGGUACUGUAGAGUACAUGGCACCAGAGGUUGUCAACAGGCAGGGGCACACCCACAGCGCCGACUGGUGGUCGUUUGGGGUACUUAUGUUCGAGAUGCUGACAGGCUCUCUGCCGUUUCAAGGGAAGGACCGCAAAGAAACUAUGAAUCUGAUCCUGAAGGCGCGCCUAGGGAUGCCUCAGUUCCUCAGCGCCGAAGCCCAGUCUCUGCUCAGGGCUUUGUUCAAGAGGAACCCUGCCAACAGACUGGGAUCGUGUGCUGAUGGCGCGGAGGAGAUAAAGCGACACGGUUUCUUCUCCACCAUAGACUGGAAUAAACUCUUCCGAAGAGAAGUAAAGCCCCCGUUCAGGCCGGCUGUGGCCCGUCCGGACGACACUUUCUACUUCGACUCCGAGUUCACCUCCCGCACGCCCAAAGACUCCCCUGGUGUGCCCCCCAGUGCCGGAGCUCAUCAGCUGUUCAGAGGCUUCAGCUUUGUUGCAUCGACCAUGUUGGAGGAGGAAGGUUUGGCAGAGCCCCCGCAGCCCCCGCCGCACCCCGUGGUCCAGCAGCUGCACGGAAAAAACCUUCUGUUCAGUGACGGGUACAUCCUCAAGGAGGACAUUGGCAUGGGCUCCUUCUCUGUCUGUAAGCGAUGCAUCCACAAAACCACCAACACCGAGUACGCUGUCAAGGUUAUUGACAAGACUAGCACAGAUCCCUCGGAGGAAAUUGAGAUUCUGCUGAGAUAUGGGCAGCACCCUAACAUCAUAACGCUGAAGGAUGUGUACGACAACGGGAAGCAGGUGUUCAUGGUGACGGAGCUGAUGCGCGGAGGAGAGCUGCUCGAUCGCAUCCUGAAGCAGAAGUUCUUCUCAGAGCGGGAGGCCAGCGCCGUGCUGCACACCAUCACGAAGACCGUGGAGUACCUGCACUCACAGGGGGUUGUGCACAGAGACCUAAAGCCCAGCAACAUCCUCUACGUCGACGAAUCGGGAAAUCCCGAGUCCAUCCGGAUCUGCGACUUCGGCUUUGCCAAGCAGCUGCGCGCCAACAACGGCCUGCUCAUGACGCCCUGCUACACGGCAAACUUCGUAGCUCCUGAGGUGUUGAAGCGUCAGGGCUACGACGAAGGAUGUGACAUCUGGAGUCUGGGGGUCUUGCUGUACACCAUGCUGGCCGGUUUCACUCCAUUCGCCAACGGGCCUGAGGACACGCCCAACGAGAUUCUGAACAGGAUAGGGAACGGUAGCUUCAGCCUGAACGGAGGAAACUGGGACACCGUGUCCGACGCUGCCAAGGACCUCGUGUCCAAGAUGCUUCAUGUGGACCCCCAUCAGAGACUGACCGCUAAGCAGGUCCUCAGACACCCCUGGAUUGUCCAGAGGGACAAGCUACCCAACAGCCAGCUCCCUCACCAGGACCCCAAACUGGUCAAGGGGGCGAUGGCAGCCACCUACUCCGCCCUGAAGAACUCCCAGCCCACUCCAGAACUCAAACCCAUCGAGAGCUCCUUCCUCGCCCAGCGGCGCGUCAAGAAGCUGCCCUCCACCUCCCUGUAGCGACUCACAAAGUAACGAAAGCAGCCAUCCCGCUGAAUGGAGCCCAAUUUCUUUUCUUUCUUUUUUUUUUUUCUUUGAAAAACCACAACUUUCUGGCUUCCAAACCAACCCAGUCAGCUUACUGUGGGACGUAGCGUCCAGCCGCCAAAACCAGCCAAGGAACACUGACUGUGGUCCUGCCCUCAUCCUGUGACAUCACAUGUUAUCCUGCUCUCCCUAUCGUCCUCCAUGUGUGGGCUCGUCAGCUGCUGGCAGCCCGUUGGCUUGGAACAGCGAAAGAUCACGACGGCAGACGAGAGCCAUGAGGACACGGCAGAGGGAUGCGUGUGGGUGGGUGGGGGGGGGGGGGUGCAGGGUGGUUUAUGACGUACGUUUGCAUGGCCAGCGACAGAGCGGACGCAGCCGUGCUUUUGGUAGUGACGAUGAAAGUUUUCUCUCCUGAUCAUUGCUGUAAUUAGUUCCUGCUGCACGCUUGUCUGUCGGCCUGUUCAGUUGUCUGUCCGUUUUUUUUCUUCUUCUGUUGUUUUCAAAGCUUUAUAUUCCUGGUUGUGCUGCCAAAUCGAUGUGUGCCGACAGCACAAAGCCACUGUAUUGUCCUGCUGCUGUAAAACGUAUUUUUCUUUCUCUUCGAAGAGCAGAAUUAGGAUGAUUAUUAAAGAUAUUUGGGGCUCUGGUACAACCAGAACAUUGUGGAUUCUGGGAAAUGUUGUUUUUUUUGUUGGGUUGAUAUCAAUCUAAACUUUAUUUGCUCUACUGUGUGUGUGUGUGUGUGUCUGUGUGUGUGUGCGUGUGAGAGCGUGUGUGUGUUGCAUGACUUGCAGUGUGUAUGUGUCGGGUCUGUGUGCAGAGUCACGUGCAUGGUGAUGUGAAGAUGUCAUGUGGCUUCUUUGUUUCGCUGCAUUCUCUUUCUCUGCUUGGUUAAAAAAAAAAAAAAGUCUGUUUUGAGAUGUCUACUAUUUUUAUGACUGUAAAACUAGUGAAAUAGUUGGCUUUCUGUGAAAGAAAAUCAGCCCAAGGAACAGUGUGGCAUGUUGAAAUCUGUUCAAUGCUUUGGUUUCUUGUUUAUUCCACUGUGUUUCUUGGAUUAUGCAUAUUGAAAGCUGUUUAUUGUGUUGGCUGCUUUUGUUGUUGUUGUUUUUUUUUCUUUUUGUCUCAAGAAACUUAAAAUUGAUUUGAAAUCGUGAAAGACAUGCUGAGUUAAUCGUAGCCUGAGGAUGUGUUGGCCUACAGGUCUCUUCUUAUGUUGUAAGAAUGUAAAGGGACACUUACUUACUUACUUAUUUACUGCUGUCCUGAUUUAACUUGAGCACUCAAACACAACUGGCUGAUAAUGCCACAUGGACCUUCCCUCAUCUCUUUUUUUUUUCUAUCAUAUUUCAGUUUAAGUAAUUCAUUUGGGGAUUUUUAGUUACAUUGGAUCAGUAAUCUUCUCUAGCUCUUUCCUAAAUCACUUCCUGAAGUAGGUCGUGCUCUCAGCUCAGUGCCUAGGCCUGCAGGUGAGACAGUCUUGUGUUAAAAUAGGACUUAAAAAGGACAGACCUGUAAGGCUGAAUAAACAAAGAACAAGCUGUCUUACCUCGAAAGGGAUCAAAGCUCUAUUGUAGUUCUUUUUUUGGUGGCAAAAAGCUCCCUUUUUUGACUGAUGGCAUUAUGGGAAGAUGUUAUUGUAUGAUAAAGAUGAAGAUUUUUAUAUCUUAUAAUAUUAAAACCAGAGUUGCUAUGACAAAA